GAAAUAUUUGGCAUCUACGUUUGUAAUGUCGGAUGUGGCCUGUGUGUGUUUUGGUGCUAUUUUGGCAGUAACUGACGCCGCUGAGAACCAGAAGAGCAAUGGAGCAGCAGCAGCAGCAGCAGCAGCAACACCAAGCAGGUGCAGCAGGCAAGGUGAGCUGGUCGAGUGCGGCUGCCUCUCCCAUGACCCUCCCAGAGAAGACACAGAAGGUGUUUCCUGAAGAGAAUUCUGUUGCCAGGAUUGAAGCAGAGGUGUACUAUGGAAUUGCCUUGCCAGAGGGAGAGGGAUUGGAGGAGGGAGACAUCAAGAAGGUAUUUGUGGACAAGACUGAGUGCCUCGCUGCCAUGAAGAAGUACCGAGGGUCACGUUUCAAGGCCUUCAGGACAUAUGAUGACGCCCUGAAAUUCUCAGAGGCUGGGGCGGCAGCCUCUCAAGGGGGUACAGGGGAGGAGGGAGCCAUCACCCCACAGCCCCUCUUCAAUGUGGAGAAACCCAGUCCAUACCGUGGCCCAAAAUCACAGGACUUGGUAAAAUUCAGGAAGUCUAUUGAAAAGGGAGACUUUGAUUACUUCAGCCGUUGUGUGAUGGAGAAUCCUCGUUACCUGGUGAGCAGUGGCGACACACCUGCUGUGCUUCAGGAAGGCUUCCGCUACAAUGCACUCCACGUAGCCUGCCGCACAAACCGUCCAGCCUUUGUGCAGAGGGUCCUCGCCCAAGUCUCCCAGCCAGUGUUCUUCCAGCGCCUCUAUCCUGAUGACAGCUUUGAGAGUGCCACCAGACGCAGUGCCUUCCUCCUGGACCUCUACCUCAACACCCCAGACAAAGGCUUUAACGAGACACCGCUGCACUUUGCCAGUAAACACGGCAGCCUGGAGUGUGUCCGAGUCCUUGUGGCAUUCCGAAGCUGUGACACAACUCGUCCUAACAAGUAUGGGCAGACAGCAGCUGAGAUCGCUGGCAGUCGGAUGAAGGAACCGUCCAAGGCCGUCAUUGAGGAAAUCCGUCAGGCAAUGGGUGACAAGUACUACGUGCCACUGCUGAAGGACGACGACCUCUAUCUGUUACCUCAGGUGGGGAGUCCCUGGUCACCACAGAUGGACUCCCCAACAAGUCCCCGUAGUGAACGGUUCCUCACCUCCAGUCCAAUCAGUGUUGCUUCCGCCAGCCCCAUCAGCCCCUCCCUCAAGGUGCGAGGAGUGGCAGGUCCCAUGAGCUGCUCCCAGGCAGAGACCUUCCAUCGUCUGUGGAAAAGCAGCACCACUUCAUCAUCUCUCUCCACCACUCCCUCCCCAGCCCGUCUGGGAAGAGGAAUGCGCCCCGCCUCCCUGCGCGUCACCGACCAUGAGAAGGGACUGGAACGUGCUGGAAGGAACCUGGCAGCUGAGCAGAAGGUGGGGUGGCAGGAGUACUGGGGCUUCCUGGGCACCUUUGUGAACCUGGCCAGCGAGGAGGGCCUGGGUCUCCUUGAAUGGCACCUCAAGAGACAGACAAACAAUCUGAGGAUGGAGAAAGAACAGCUGAGUGCUUCUGAAUUGGCUGCCAAGCUGAAGGAGAUUCUGAAGGAGCCAGAAGAGGAGCAGGUGGUCUCGCCGUCACGCACACGGCAUGAAGAGGGCGUGAGUGGCCUGUCUCAGUCGUCAUGGCUGAGCCAGGCCUCUGGAAGCCCCCUUGCCCAACUGUGUCGGGGACUGGAAGCACUGCGCCUCAAUGCCUCCAUCUCCCCCCAGGGUGAUCUGUCCCAUACUGCAUGCAGGCAAUUUCUGUCAUCCCUGGAGCAGCAGUUGUCCCCAGGGUGUGGCAGCUCCCAGGGGUGUGAGGAGCCACAGGGGGCACAGGGCCUGGUGGAGCAGGUGUCCUAUGUGCUCAAGUCAGUGGAGGUGUCGGCAGGACGGCUGAGCGAGGCGCUGCGUGAAGUGGCCCUGGACCUGCAGGCCAGCGUGGCUGCCAGCCUGGGCAUGAACCGCACCCUGAGGGCCAAGCUGCGCUCCGAGGUGGCCUGCCUGCGGUCAGUGGUUGCUCGGGCUGCAUCUGAGCUGGGGCCAGGGGGCAUGGACCUGGGGUUUGUCCACCCACUGGUGGCUGGCCGGGCUGUGCUGGCCCUGUGGCAUGGCGCUGCACCGGCAGAUGUGGCCGCCAUCACCCAGGCUGUGCGGCGCAUCGUGUCCCACAUGGACCUGGUGCCCCUGGACUCAUCAGAUGAGGAGAAUGACAGCAGCAGCAGGCACUUCGAGGCACCACAGCGCAGCACACGAGGGGACACGCACCACUUGGCCUGUGUGCUGCGGUGUCUGGAUGUGGCUCUGCAGGCAGUCACCAACACUUCAGAUGGCAUCACAUCCCCAGAGGUGCCACAGCUGGGACAGUGCCACUGUCCCUGGGAGAUGAAUGAUGGCUCCCGCAUCAACAGGAAGACCUCAGCUAAGGCCACAGUGCCUGCCAGUGCCUUAGAGAGAGAGAGAGCCACAGCCUAUUUGCAGAAAGCACUGCAGGGGAAACAGUAUGACCCUGUGGUGCGGCACCUGUCCUUCACCCAGGAGGAAGGUGAAGAGGAGGAGAUAGUGGUGAGGGCCACACUGGGAGCCAAGGAAGGAUUCAGGGUAUCCCAGGGGGCAGCAUACACCUCAGAGAGCAGAGACAGUGGCCAGGAGGAGCUGGAUCCGGGCGCCAGGAGCCCCGACAGCUUCGUGUCUGCUGCCUCAAGCCUGGAUGAGGACAUGUGCACCCCAGAGGAGGGGCCCAGGGUGUUCAUUGGAGGAGCGGAGCCCACGAAGACAGAUGUGGAUGUGCUGGAUGCUGUGGGUGACCGGCUGGUGGAUCAGCAGAAGUACCCGCACAUCUUUCAGUGGCAGUUGCUUGUCAAGUCCUUCUCAAAGGAGGAACGGGGAAGUUUGGCUUCUCCUUUCUGCCGGCAAGGAAGAAGAAGAGGAACACCUGGAGGAGGAACAGGAGACAAGGUUGGAUCUGCUCCCUCUGAAUACAACACACCACACCGUCCUUCUUACUCCCGCCAUCCUGCCUCCACACCUCGAAUCCUCUUCCGCCCUUUGUAACACUCACACACACACACACACACACACACACACACACACACCAAUAGAUAUAAUUCUUCAGCUAUACAUGUAGAAAUUCACCUAGUCAUUUGUUUGCCUUCCACACAAGAACACACACAUACAUACCCACACAUAUAUACAUAUAUCCAUACUUGCAGGUGCCUCAGGACAGGUAUAUUGAUAUAUGUAUACCUAAUGCAUAUUUUACUAUAUUUCCAUGUAUUGUGGAUUGAUUGUGGGAUUUUUAUCUACUCAUGCACAAAUUCAAGAAUGUAUGCAUAGUUUAUUUAUACAGAGAUGCAUUGCCAUGCCAUGUAUAGUAUUUAAAAAGAGUAUUUUAUAAUAUAUCAAAAGUUGCUCUCUCUCUCUCUCUCUCUCUCUCUCUCUCUCUCUCUCUCUCUCUCUCUCUCUCUCUCUCUCUCUCUCUCUCUCUCUCUCUCUCUCUCUCUCUCUCUCUCUCUCUCUCUCUCUCUCUCUCUCUCUCUCUCUCUGUGGAAGGUAUUGAUAUUUUCCUCAUAAGGCAUAGAAUUGUGCCUUAUUGCAUGACACAGUGAUCCUUAAUGCAUUUCUUCCUCCCACUUUUCUCUUUUUAUUUUCCUAAGUAACAAGAAUACUUAGUUUAGCCACCCUAACUUACAUUUUGCUUCUCUGGUAUUAGUAUUUAAGUAAUGGUCUAAUUUAUAUUGCUUCCUAUGAGUUUAUUGAUGGUGUAAGGAUAUUGUGCCUUUAUUGUAUCAGAAGAGCCCUUUUAUUUUGGCAACUUAGGAACCAAAGAUGGAUUUUUGUUUUUAUUGGACAUUUGAAGUGCAAUUUUUGGUUCUGUGUGUGUGUGUGUGUGUGUGUGUGUGUGUGUGUGUGUGUGUGUGUGUGUGUGUGUGUGAUAAUUAUGGUCAAUAUAUCUUAAGUUUGUGGUCUUUGUCAGUUUAUAGCAUGUGUGUGCAAACAUCUGUGUGUGUGUGUGUGUGUGUGUGUGUGUGUGUGUGUGUGUGUGUGUGUGCUUAUUUUAUUUCAUUUUCCUUUAGUCUAGGAUCAUUGCCAAUUUGUAAGAUUAUUGUGUGUGUGUGUGUGUGUGUGUUCAAUUUGAUUUUCCCUUGUAUUAUGCAUAAGCUUACUGCCAAUUCACUGUUGAGAUGCAUUGGCAAGGUGAUAAGACUUGUCCAACACACUUGCUUGGGAUGCUGUGGCCACAAGUGAAGAAAAUUUACUAUUAAUUUUUUA